GCCAGCCCAGCACCAUGGCUCAAACACUUUACCCCUACUCGACUUGACGCACACCGUGAACUGCGUGCCAAAAGCCCUGCAAGUUUCAUGAACGGCUUUAAGCUCCUAUGCUGCAUUCUGACGAAGGCUGCUUUGUGUAAUGCGGAGACCUGCGGGCAGCCAGAUGAACAGCUUCGGGCUGCCUCCCUCCUCCAGCGUUUGCCGUACCCCACCCAGACGGCAGUGCGCGCGAACAUCGGCGCCGCCGCGCGGAACGCCUCGCGGGCGGCCAAGAACGCCACAGAAGCCGCGGCAAAGGAAGCCGCCAAAGCCAUGGAGUGGAAGCAGGACUUCGUUCGCUUGCAGAGUGGCGGAGAAGCAACACUCCAGGCACCCAUGACAGCACAGGCCAUUAGCGGCAUGGUCAUGAAUCUGAUUACUUGCUCGGCUUGCGUGAUUCUGUUUGGGGCUCUUCGGGUGCGAUAUGCCGGUGUCAGAGGCUUAGCAAUGCCAUGCGUGUGGCUCAUGAGGAGCUUGAGCGACUGCUCUGCUCAGGUCUAUGCUGGAAAUGUACCGAGUGAGGUGCAACCAGCUUCUAACUGGGUAGUCUCAGCACUUCACGUGGACAGCGACAUGGUAGCGUCCUCCAAAGGGCUUGAUGCGUGCAUGGCGAUUGAGUAUGCGUCCUUCGGAUUUAGGCUUUCGGCCGCCUUGGGGCUGCCCCUGGUUAUUUUGCUCAGCCCCUUGCACCACUGGUAUGGUGGGAAAGGCCUGGUUGAGACGGACUUCCUGGCGAGCCUGUCCAUGUCAAACAUCAAACCCGGCCACCCGUGGCUGUAUCACCUGCACGGGGUGGUGGCUUGUGGGGUGGUCCUGCUGGCGCGCGCCAUGAUCUUUGGCUGGCAGGAGGAGUUCAUGAAGAGGCGGAACGCCUGGCUCAGGGACUUGCCCUGGCCACGAGCCAGCACAGUUCUGGUGGAGGGCAUCCCUGACUCCUUCCGAUGCCAAGAGCGGGUGCAGAAGUUCUUCAACCACUUCAGCCCUGAGAGCGUGGUCCACGUGAGCAUGGUACGGCACACAGACACCCUUGACUCCCUGAUGGCCGCGCGUGAUGCGAUCGGUGCCAAGCUGGAUGAGGCAAGGCGGCAAUGCGGGGAUGGUGUGAGGCCGGUGCUAGAUAUGUCCGGCACACAGCUUGACGCCAUCGACCAGUUUGAAGUUCAGCUUGCUGCAGAGGAUGCUUAUGUUGAGAAGGAGCGCCACAGAAUUCGUCAGGCAUCCUCCGUGACAGGAGGUGUCAACACUUCGUCCGCCUUCGUGACGUUUCGGUCUCGCAGAGAUGCUGAGAUUGCAAAGGCGGUUCAGUUCAGCGAUGAUGCCGGUGAAUGGGCCAUCCGUGAUGCACCAGAAGCAUCGGCUAUUCGCUGGCAAGACGUGUCGCGAGAGCACGGAGCAUUGCGUUCAGCCAUUGGCUGCACAAUCAUUCUGCUGAUGUAUGCAUCCUUCUCGCCGAUUUGUCUUGAAAUUUCAAGGGCCGCACUUGCGGUUGACAUCGGCUGGCUUCAGCCCUUGUGGGCUGCUUUGGCGCCAACUCUGGGAUUGACCAUUUUUCUUGCCAUGUUGCCAACAGUACUAUUGUUGGUAUUUGCCACCUUCUUCACACUUCGCGCUGAAUCAUUUGCUCAGCACCGGCUUCAGAUCUGGUAUUAUUCCUUUCUCUUCUUGUUUGUCUUGGUGAUGCCGGUCUUGGGCACGAACUUCCGGCACUUCGCACAAGAAGUCUAUCGGAGUCCAGCUGAAGUCUUCGGGCUUCUGGCAGACCGGAUUCCGCUGGCCUCCCAGUUCUUCUUCAAUUACGAGGUGCUGCAGUGGAGUGUGGCAUGUAUGGAAUUGCUGCGACUGGCGGUCCUGGUGAAGUUCUUGCUCUUCAGGUCAAUCCAAAGUGAAGCAGAAGCUCUGAAGAAAGCGGAGCCAGAGGAUCAGGACUUCUACGGCAUGGGUGGCAGGAUGGCCAGGUGGAACUUGAAUCUCGUGAUCGGAUGCAUCUUCUGCAGUGUGGCACCCUUGGUGACGCUGGCGGUCGUUGCCAAGUUUGCAGUUCAGCGAGUGGCAUAUGGCUACCUCCUAGUGUUUGCUGAGACUCGGAAGCCAGAUUUGGGAGGAGAAUUCUGGUGUGAGUCGAUGACACAGCUGCUGUAUGGCAUAGUUCUAUAUGCGGUCACAAUGUGUGGAAUCCUGACGCGUGAGUCAUCCAGCUGCGUUCCAUCAAUAAUUGCAGCCUUCAGCUUGGCGCUGGCAGUGGCGACGCUGGUGCAGUUCAAGAGCCGAUUCCGCUGGCAAACCUUGGCUUUCGCUGAGGCAGAGCUGGGCUUUUUGUGGGCAUGGAAGAGAAAGGCGAUGAGGCCUGCUGGCGCCUGCGCGUUGCUGGCGCCUGAGCCUGGCCUGUGCUUGCCAGUGGGCCAGGCUGGUGUGCAGACUGCUUAUUCUUCAAGAGCUGAGAAGAUGAAACAGAUCAGGGACCAGAGGCAGCCGGACGGCAUUAAUGAGAAGACGCCUCCGGGGCUGGUGGCUGCUGGUAGGCCACCUCGUGGGCAGGUUUGUCGCAUCUUGUGGUGGCAAGCAUGGGCUGCGGUGGUUCAAAGCCAGCUGACAGCGCUGCAAGUGCUGAAGGUGCCGGAAGUGCUGGAAAACAGCCCGAGAAGAGGCCGCAAGAGCCAGGAUCGAAGGCUCCUGCAGGCCAUGGCGCUUUCGCCCACCAGUUUGAAGGAUACGGAGGCGGUUCCGCAUAUGGCACUUGCCUUUCAGGAUGCGAGGGGCAGCGAGGUGCUGAAGUUAGCAGCUGCUGGCUCAGUGCAGAAGCUCGGCUCCGCGAGCGCCUCCAAAUUCCGGCAGAUUGGGACCGGUGGCCUCGGCGGGCGCAAGGCAUCUGCGGUGGUCGCCUUCCAGCCGCAGCCUCCACAGGUCGUCAAAGCUAUGCAGUCUUUGCUGGACGGCACAUACCGCAAGGUGUACACUCGUGACAGACGCGGAGCACCGAUUCCAGAUCGUUUUACAGUGAAGGAGGUGCAUCGGGUCCUCAACGAUCAGGUGUGGCGAGAGUAUGCCACGAAGCGUGAUGAGAUUCAAAAGGCAAGGGGCGGAGACAAACCAGAGCUUCCAGAUGGAUCCCACACCGUGAACCACUUGAAGCAGAGCGGCACACUGUCAGCAUUGCCAGUGUUGGACUCAGGCACCAACGAGCACUGGCUGUUCCACGGCACCACUGCGGAGGCAGCCAAGGGAAUCGCCGAAAACGACUUCCGUUUGGACAUGUCCGGCUCCAAUGCCGGCACUCUUUAUGGCAAAGGUAUCUACUUGGCUGAGAACGCGACCAAGUCUGAUGAGUACGGUGAAGGUCCCAAGGGCCCAGCCUCCACAGGCGAGGAGGCAGAGAUGGGCUUCGAGGCGCCUAAGCCUCCUCCAGGCCCUCCGCCACCUUUGGUCCGCGAGUCCUACAUUCUGGUUUGUCGCUCCGCGCUGGGCCGUGUGCACUACAACGAUGAGCAGCGCCCGGAUCCAGAUAGGCUUCAGAAGAGUUGUCUCUCUGGUGAGUUCGACUCUGUUCUGGGGGACAGGUUGAAAUUAAACAAGACAUUCCGGGAGAUUAUCGUUUUCAACGAUGACCACGUGUACCCGGAAUACAUUGUGAAGUACGAGCGGGUCUUCUUUCACGAGCGCUUCGCCGCUGUCUACAAGGCCAUGCUGGAUCGAAGCCUGGCUGGCCGCUUCAGCGGGCCGACAAAGGAGGAGGCUGAAGUCCUGCAGUCAAUGUGGCAAGUGUAUGCAAUGCCGAACAAAGGCAAGAUCAGCAAGUCUCAAUUGUUGGAUUUGCUGCUGGCAAUUUAUCAGCCACCAGAAAAUGAUGAUGACGAUCUUGAUGCAACAUUCAAGGAGUGGGACCGGAAAGGCAACGGCAAGAUCGACUGGGACGACUUUAUAGCAGAGGUUACCCAACGCGUGCGUGACAAGAUUUCGUGCUCAGGCCCAGAAAGAUUUGCCGAAAUUUACAGGAACAUGCUCGACCAAAGCCGUGCGGGGCAUUUCAAUGGACCUUCCGUUGGAGACAAAGCCGUUCUCCGGAUGGUUUGGUACCAGUACUGUCAGAACCAGAGGACUAUUGACAAGGAGCAGUUGCUGGUCUUGCUGAAGGCCAUCAACCAGCCGCCAGCCAACGAGCAUGAGGACUUGGUGUCGACGUUCAAGGAGAUCGACACAAAAGGAGAUGGAGUCAUAGACUUUGAGGAGUUUGUCGAGGAGAUUACCCAAAGGGUGAAGGAUGGCAUUGCUUGCUGA